GAGCGGCGGGGCCAUGGCGGGCUCGGGGCUCUGGUUUCCGCUGCUGCUGGCGGCAGCGCUCGCCGGCAGGGCCGCGGCCCUCUGGCCCUGGCCCCAGUACAUCCAAACCUCCGAGUCCCACUACGCCAUCUUCCCGCACAACUUCCAGUUCCGGUACCACGUCAGUUCGGCCGCGCAGCCGGGCUGCUCCGUCCUCGACGAGGCCUUCCAGCGCUACCGCGACCUCCUCUUCACCUCCCGCUCUUGGCAACCUCCUGAACCCACAGGAAAACAGCAUGCACCGGAGAAGAAUUCAUUGGUUAUCCUUGUGGUCACUCCUGGAUGUAACCAGCUUCCUUCUUUGGAGUCGGUGGAAAACUACACCCUGACCAUAAACGAUGAUCAUUGUUUCCUCCUCUCUGAGACUGUCUGGGGAGCUCUCCGAGGUCUGGAGACUUUUAGCCAGCUUGUUUGGCGAUCUCCUGAGGGCACGUUCUUUAUCAACAAGACCGAGAUUGAAGACUUUCCCCGCUUCUCUCACCGGGGCUUGUUGUUGGAUACGUCUCGCCAUUACCUGCCACUGACUAGCAUCCUGGACACUCUGGACGUCAUGGCAUACAAUAAAUUCAAUGUGUUCCACUGGCAUCUGGUCGAUGACUCUUCUUUCCCAUAUGACAGCUUCACUUUUCCAGAGCUCACCAGAAAGGGGUCCUACAAUCCUGCCACCCAUAUCUACACAGCACAGGAUGUGAGGGAGGUGAUUGAAUAUGCACGGCUUCGGGGUAUCCGUGUGUUGGUAGAGUUUGACACUCCUGGCCACACUCUGUCCUGGGGACCAGGUGUCCCUGGAUUAUUGACUCCUUGCUACUCUGGGUCUCAUCCCUCUGGCACCUUCGGACCAGUGAAUCCCAUUCUCAACAGUACUUAUGAAUUCAUGAGCACAUUUUUUCUGGAGGUCAGCUCUGUCUUCCCGGAUUUUUAUCUUCACCUUGGAGGAGAUGAGGUUGAUUUCACCUGCUGGAAGUCCAACCCAGAUAUCCAGGCCUUUAUGAAGAAGCAAGGCUUUGGUAAUGACUUCAAGGAGCUGGAGUCUUUCUACAUACAGACGCUGCUGAACAUCGUCUCUGCCUAUGGCAAGGGCUAUGUGGUGUGGCAGGAGGUGUUUGAUAAUAAAGUAAAGGUUCGGCCAGAUACAAUCAUUCAGGUAUGGCGAGAAGAGGAGCCAGUACGUUAUAUGAAGGAGAUGGAGCUGAUCACCGGAGCUGGCUUCCGCGCCCUGCUCUCUGCCCCCUGGUACCUGAAUCAUAUAACUUAUGGCCCUGACUGGAGACAGAUCUACAUGGUGGAGCCCCUGGAAUUUAAAGGUAGCCCUCAGCAGAAGGCUCUCGUGAUUGGUGGAGAGGCCUGUAUGUGGGGGGAGUACGUGGACAGCACCAAUCUGGCCCCCCGACUCUGGCCCAGGGCAGGGGCUGUUGCUGAGAGGCUGUGGAGCAACAAGUUGGUGACUAGCCUGGACUUUGCCUUUAAACGUUUGACACAAUUCCGCUGUGAGCUCCUAAGGCGAGGUGUCCAGGCCCAGCCCCUCAGUGUAGGCUACUGUGAACAGGAGUUUGAACAAACCUGAGCAAGCAGCCCCAGGCACUGAGGAGGGUGCUGGCCCUAGGAGAUUGGGAGUGGGGCCAGGCUUCCACUGCAUCCCGGCCGGGGGACGGAGCCCCUUGCCCACGUGCCCCUGUGCACGGAGAGAAGGGGGCCAGUGUUGGCACUAGCAUCCAAUAAAGAGUGAUGUGGCAUUUUUCCAUAAGGAACAUGGAUUACCUGUGUAAGAGAAAUGUGACUGGCCCUGGGGUAGGGAGCUGCCUGCCCUGGCCUUCUGCUCCCGGGAGCGACAGGGCGCAGCAGCCCAGCCAGGCUGGGAUCAGUGUCGGCCCCUGGAGGAAUCUCAAAAGUUGACAGCUGGGAAUGAAACCCUGCGCAGCCUCUGAGCUGUGUGACGCCUCUCCCACCCCCGACACUUAGUCUAACCACAUACCCCCAUGCUCAGUCUGCUCACUUCCCUUCCCUCCAAGUGCAGAGGUCACUUAGGCCUCCAAGGCUUCUGUGUAUGGAAGAAGGCAUUAGAGUAGCCCCAGGAAGUUCCGGGGAGUGGCAAGGGCUCCAGACCCAACCUAGUUACAGAGCAGCCCUCCCCCAUGCAUACUCACACACUUCCCUGCCCUGGAGCUUUUCUUCUGCUUUGGGUUUCUUGUUAGUUCAGUUUUGUGCAACCGUUAUUUUAAUAAUAUUGAACAUACAUUGUGGUCUUGACACUGUGUUAGGUGUUGCAUUUGGAGGAUUUGGUCCCAGGAGGCCCUGGUCCACUCCCCAAUAUGCCAGCAACUUCCACCCACCUCCUCCCAUCCAUUUGCAGCCCAAUAGCAUCUUCUCAAAGACCUAAUGGCUCAGCCGAAGCCAUGAGGGGACAGCCCCUGAGGUCUGGGAGGUGGGCAGGUGGCUCUGGUAGAGGGUCUUUGCGCAUGUGACCCGCUUUGCCUAGGAAGAAAUGACUCACUGUUGGGCCAGACUGCCCCUUGGUGGUUUCAUGUUCAGAACCAAUGAUGCAGGGGCGCCUGGGGGGCUCAGUCGUUAAGCGUCUGCC